GUUGCUGGGGGCUGAGAAGACUCACAGUACACUUUGAUUGUUUCUUCCUGUUGCAUUUAUGCUGUGGUGUGUUGGCUCACGGCAUCAGGCAGCCAGGCUUUGCGGGCUGGAGGAUGGAGCCAGUGUGAGUAUUCAUAGGAACGUGUCCCCUGAAGAGGAUGCCCCUCCUUCUCCUAGCUACAGACCUGAGAUACUUCAUUACAGAUGACAGAGUUUCCACUGGCAAGGAAAAUCAGGUGCUGCAGGAGGCUUCUCACAUGCUUUGGAAUAUCUUCAGGGAAAUCCGCUCUUAAUAGAAACUGAGAAUUUAAGAAAGUCUGCCUGGCGGAGGACACCCGCACUUGUUACCCUGAGUUGAUUCCUGAAACUUCGGACCCCUGGGUAUUAACAGAGGACUCAGUGGGAGCUCCUGGUCAGAGGACUUGGAUGUUGUCAUUACAUUCUAAGUGAGACUGUCCACAUCAUCUAGGAAAAUGGUGGCCCUGUCCUUAAAGAUUUGUGUGCGCCACUGCAACGUGGUGAAGACCAUGCAGUUUGAACCAUCUACAGCUGUGUACGAUGCGUGUCGAGUCAUUCGGGAACGGGUGCCUGAGGCACAAACUGGGCAAGCUUCUGACUAUGGACUGUUUCUUUCGGAUGAAGACCCGAGGAAAGGGAUUUGGCUGGAAGCGGGCAGAACACUGGAUUACUACAUGUUGCGGAAUGGGGAUAUUUUGGAAUAUAAAAAGAAACAGAGACCUCAGAAAAUCCGGAUGCUGGAUGGAUCUGUGAAGACAGUGAUGGUGGAUGAUUCCAAGACUGUCGGGGAGCUCCUGGUCACUAUUUGUAGCAGAAUAGGAAUAACAAAUUAUGAAGAAUACUCCUUAAUCCAAGAAACUAUUGAAGAAAAGAAAGAGGAAGGAACGGGCACACUCAAAAAAGACAGGACACUGUUACGAGAUGAGAGGAAAAUGGAGAAGUUGAAGGCCAAGCUGCACACAGAUGAUGACCUAAAUUGGCUGGAUCACAGCCGAACAUUCAGAGAACAAGGAGUAGAUGAAAACGAAACGUUGCUGCUUAGACGGAAGUUCUUUUACUCUGAUCAGAAUGUAGACUCGAGAGACCCCGUGCAGCUGAACUUGCUUUAUGUUCAGGCGCGGGAUGACAUCCUGAAUGGCUCUCACCCUGUCUCCUUCGAGAAAGCUUGUGAGUUUGGUGGAUUUCAAGCCCAGAUACAAUUUGGACCUCAUGUGGAACAUAAACACAAACCUGGAUUUUUAGAUCUGAAGGAAUUCCUGCCCAAAGAAUAUAUCAAGCAGAGAGGAGCUGAAAAGAGGAUCUUUCAGGAGCAUAAGAACUGCGGAGAGAUGAGUGAGAUAGAAGCCAAGGUCAAUUACGUCAAACUUGCACGGUCCCUCCGCACAUAUGGCGUGUCCUUCUUCCUGGUGAAGGAGAAGAUGAAAGGCAAGAACAAGCUGGUGCCUCGCCUGCUGGGGAUCACCAAAGACUCGGUGAUGCGCGUGGAUGAGAAGACCAAGGAAGUGCUGCAGGAGUGGCCCCUCACCACCGUCAAGCGCUGGGCAGCCUCACCCAAGAGCUUCACACUGGAUUUUGGGGAGUAUCAGGAAAGCUACUAUUCAGUACAAACCACCGAGGGAGAGCAGAUAUCCCAGCUGAUUGCAGGCUACAUUGACAUCAUCCUGAAAAAGAAACAAAGUAAAGAUCGAUUUGGACUAGAAGGUGAUGAGGAGUCAACCAUGUUAGAAGAGUCCGUUUCCCCAAAAAAGUCCACCAUCUUGCAGCAGCAGUUCAACCGGACCGGGAAGGCAGAGCACGGCUCAGUGGCGCUGCCGGCCGUGAUGCGCUCGGGCUCCAGCGGGCCUGAGACCUUCAACAUUGGCAGCAUGCCCUCGCCACAGCAGCAGGUCAUGGUUGGGCAGAUGCACCGAGGCCACAUGCCGCCACUGACCUCAGCCCAGCAGGCCCUGAUGGGGACCAUCAACACAAGCAUGCACGCUGUCCAGCAGGCCCAGGAUGAUCUCAGUGAGCUCGACUCGCUGCCACCUCUCGGCCAGGAUAUGGCAUCUAGGGUAUGGGUUCAGAACAAAGUCGACGAAUCCAAACACGAAAUCCAUUCUCAAGUUGAUGCUAUCACGGCCGGAACGGCUUCAGUUGUUAACCUCACAGCUGGUGACCCUGCAGACACUGACUACACAGCUGUGGGAUGUGCGAUCACCACUAUUUCUUCCAACCUGACGGAGAUGUCCAAGGGUGUGAAGCUAUUGGCCGCCCUCAUGGAUGAUGAGGUGGGCAGCGGGGAGGACUUGCUCAGAGCUGCCAGGACCCUCGCUGGGGCGGUGUCAGACUUGCUGAAAGCUGUGCAGCCUACUUCUGGAGAGCCUCGACAGACAGUUUUGACUGCUGCUGGCAGCAUCGGACAAGCCAGUGGGGAUCUUCUGAGACAGAUUGGAGAGAAUGAGACCGAUGAGCGAUUCCAGGAUGUUUUAAUGAGUUUGGCCAAAGCUGUUGCCAAUGCAGCUGCCAUGUUGGUACUAAAGGCAAAGAAUGUUGCCCAAGUGGCCGAAGACACUGUCCUACAGAACAGGGUAAUUGCUGCUGCCACCCAGUGUGCCCUCUCCACCUCCCAGCUUGUGGCAUGUGCCAAGGUUGUGAGCCCCACUAUUAGCUCCCCUGUGUGCCAGGAGCAGCUGAUUGAAGCAGGGAAGCUGGUGGACCGCUCGGUGGAGAACUGUGUCCGUGCCUGCCAGGCGGCCACUACCGAUAGUGAGCUCCUGAAGCAGGUCAGCGCAGCGGCCAGCGUGGUCAGCCAGGCCCUCCAUGAUCUCCUGCAGCAUGUGCGGCAGUUUGCCAGCCGAGGCGAGCCCAUCGGCCGCUACGACCAGGCUACUGACACCAUCAUGUGUGUCACCGAGAGCAUCUUCAGCUCCAUGGGUGACGCUGGUGAAAUGGUGCGCCAGGCGCGGGUUCUGGCCCAAGCCACAUCAGACCUCGUCAAUGCCAUGAGGUCAGAUGCAGAAGCCGAAAUCGACAUGGAGAAUUCGAAGAAGCUCCUGGCAGCAGCAAAACUCUUAGCUGACUCCACUGCUCGCAUGGUGGAAGCUGCAAAGGGGGCUGCAGCCAACCCAGAGAAUGAGGACCAGCAGCAAAGGCUGAGAGAAGCUGCAGAAGGCCUCCGGGUGGCAACCAACGCAGCUGCCCAGAAUGCUAUUAAGAAAAAAAUUGUCAACCGACUGGAGGUUGCAGCCAAGCAGGCCGCAGCGGCAGCCACACAGACCAUCGCCGCCUCCCAGAAUGCAGCUGUUUCCAACAAGAACCCUGCGGCCCAGCAGCAGCUGGUCCAGAGUUGCAAGGCAGUGGCUGAUCACAUCCCUCAGCUGGUCCAGGGAGUGAGGGGGAGCCAAGCUCAAGCUGAAGACCUGAGUGCCCAGCUGGCUCUCAUCAUCUCCAGCCAGAACUUCCUCCAGCCUGGAAGCAAGAUGGUGUCCUCUGCCAAAGCCGCAGUGCCCACCGUGAGUGACCAGGCCGCAGCCAUGCAGCUGAGCCAGUGUGCCAAGAACCUGGCCACCAGCUUGGCGGAGCUGCGUACCGCCUCGCAGAAGGCCCAUGAAGCUUGUGGUCCGAUGGAAAUCGAUUCAGCUCUGAAUACGGUGCAGACGCUUAAGAAUGAACUGCAGGAUGCCAAGAUGGCAGCCGUGGAGAGCCAGCUGAAGCCACUUCCAGGGGAAACGCUGGAAAAAUGUGCUCAGGACCUGGGAAGCACAUCCAAGGCGGUGGGCUCCUCCAUGGCACAGCUGCUGACCUGUGCUGCUCAAGGCAACGAACACUACACAGGGGUGGCUGCUAGAGAGACGGCCCAAGCUCUGAAAACACUGGCCCAGGCCGCCCGUGGAGUGGCUGCAUCGACAACCGACCCCACGGCUGCCCAUGCCAUGUUAGAUUCUGCUCGAGACGUGAUGGAGGGCUCCGCCAUGCUCAUUCAAGAGGCCAAGCAGGCCCUGAUUGCACCUGGAGAUGCAGAGCGUCAACAAAGACUGGCUCAGGUGGCUAAAGCCGUCUCACACUCCUUGAAUAACUGCGUAAAUUGCCUCCCUGGGCAGAAGGAUGUGGACGUGGCCUUGAAGAGCAUUGGGGAGUCCAGCAAGAAGCUGCUUGUGGAUUCGCUACCUCCAAGCACGAAGCCUUUCCAGGAAGCCCAGAGUGAACUGAACCAGGCAGCAGCUGAUCUGAACCAGUCUGCUGGGGAAGUGGUCCAUGCCACCCGGGGCCAGAGUGGAGAGUUGGCUGCAGCCUCUGGAAAGUUCAGUGAUGAUUUUGAUGAAUUCCUCGAUGCUGGCAUUGAGAUGGCUGGCCAAGCUCAGACAAAAGAAGACCAGAUCCAAGUGAUAGGGAACCUCAAGAAUAUCUCGAUGGCAUCCAGCAAGCUGCUGUUAGCUGCCAAGUCUCUCUCUGUAGAUCCAGGAGCUCCCAAUGCGAAAAAUCUCCUGGCUGCAGCUGCAAGAGCUGUGACAGAGAGCAUCAAUCAACUCAUCACUCUGUGUACCCAACAAGCUCCGGGCCAGAAAGAGUGCGAUAAUGCCCUGCGGGAGCUCGAGACUGUGAAGGGGAUGUUGGACAAUCCUAAUGAACCUGUUAGUGACCUCUCUUACUUUGACUGCAUUGAGAGUGUGAUGGAAAACUCCAAGGUUCUGGGUGAAUCGAUGGCGGGGAUUUCACAGAAUGCCAAGACCGGAGACCUCCCUGCUUUUGGGGAAUGUGUGGGGAUUGCAUCCAAGGCUCUCUGUGGGCUGACAGAGGCCGCAGCCCAGGCUGCAUACUUGGUUGGCAUCUCUGAUCCAAACAGCCAGGCAGGCCACCAGGGCCUAGUGGACCCCAUCCAGUUUGCCAGGGCUAACCAGGCCAUCCAGAUGGCAUGCCAGAACUUGGUGGACCCUGGCAGCAGCCCAUCACAGGUCCUGUCAGCCGCCACAAUUGUUGCCAAGCACACGUCAGCCUUGUGCAAUGCCUGCCGCAUCGCCUCAUCCAAGACGGCCAACCCAGUAGCCAAGAGGCACUUCGUCCAGUCAGCCAAGGAAGUCGCCAACAGCACUGCCAACCUGGUGAAGACCAUCAAGGCCCUGGAUGGGGAUUUCUCUGAAGACAACCGCAGUAAGUGUCGCAUCGCCACCGCACCCUUGAUUGAAGCUGUGGAGAACCUGACAGCGUUCGCCUCAAACCCUGAGUUUGUCAGCAUUCCUGCCCAGAUCAGCUCCGAGGGUUCCCAGGCACAGGAACCAAUCCUGGUCUCAGCCAAGACCAUGCUGGAGAGUUCAUCGUACCUCAUUCGCACUGCACGCUCUCUGGCCAUCAACCCCAAAGACCCACCCACCUGGUCUGUACUGGCUGGACAUUCCCAUACAGUGUCCGACUCCAUCAAGAGUCUCAUCACUUCUAUCAGGGACAAGGCCCCUGGACAGAGGGAGUGUGAUUACUCCAUCGAUGGCAUCAACCGGUGCAUCCGGGACAUCGAGCAGGCCUCGCUGGCCGCCGUCAGCCAGAGCCUGGCCACGAGGGACGACAUCUCUGUGGAGGCCCUGCAGGAGCAGCUGACUUCGGUGGUCCAGGAAAUCGGACACCUUAUCGAUCCCAUCGCCACAGCGGCUCGGGGAGAAGCAGCUCAGCUGGGACAUAAGGUGACACAACUGGCAAGCUAUUUUGAGCCCUUGAUCUUAGCCGCAGUUGGUGUGGCCUCCAAGAUUCUUGAUCAUCAGCAGCAGAUGACGGUGCUGGACCAGACCAAGACUCUCGCAGAGUCUGCCUUGCAGAUGUUGUAUGCAGCCAAAGAAGGUGGCGGAAACCCCAAGGCACAACACACCCAUGACGCCAUCACAGAGGCCGCCCAGUUGAUGAAGGAAGCCGUGGACGACAUCAUGGUGACGCUGAACGAAGCUGCCAGUGAAGUGGGGCUGGUUGGGGGCAUGGUGGACGCCAUUGCAGAAGCCAUGAGCAAGCUGGAUGAAGGCACUCCUCCAGAACCAAAGGGAACAUUUGUCGACUAUCAGACGACUGUGGUUAAAUACUCCAAAGCCAUUGCGGUGACAGCUCAGGAAAUGAUGACUAAGUCGGUUACUAACCCGGAGGAGUUGGGAGGACUGGCUUCACAAAUGACCAGUGACUAUGGGCACCUGGCUUUCCAGGGCCAGAUGGCAGCAGCCACGGCGGAACCAGAGGAGAUCGGAUUCCAGAUUCGCACUCGUGUGCAGGACCUGGGCCACGGCUGUAUCUUCCUGGUGCAGAAGGCAGGGGCCCUCCAGGUCUGCCCCACAGACAGCUACACCAAGAGGGAGCUGAUUGAAUGCGCCCGUGCCGUCACGGAAAAGGUCUCCUUGGUGCUCUCGGCUCUCCAGGCCGGGAACAAAGGAACCCAGGCAUGCAUUACAGCCGCCACCGCUGUGUCUGGGAUCAUUGCCGACCUGGACACCACCAUUAUGUUUGCAACAGCAGGGACGCUGAAUGCAGAGAACAGUGAGACCUUCGCAGACCACAGGGAGAACAUUCUCAAGACGGCCAAGGCCUUGGUAGAAGACACGAAACUACUUGUGUCAGGAGCUGCGUCCACUCCUGACAAGCUGGCCCAGGCGGCCCAGUCCUCAGCAGCCACCAUCACCCAGCUCGCAGAGGUGGUCAAGCUGGGGGCAGCCAGCCUGGGCUCCGACGACCCCGAGACCCAGGUGGUUUUGAUCAACGCCAUCAAAGAUGUGGCCAAGGCCCUUUCCGAUCUCAUCAGUGCUACCAAGGGAGCUGCCAGCAAGCCAGCGGACGACCCUUCCAUGUACCAGCUCAAGGGGGCCGCCAAGGUGAUGGUGACCAAUGUCACCUCGCUCCUCAAGACUGUAAAGGCAGUGGAGGAUGAGGCCACCCGGGGCACCAGGGCGCUUGAGGCCACAAUUGAAUGCAUAAAGCAGGAGCUUACGGUGUUCCAGUCAAAAGACGUACCUGAAAAGACAUCAUCACCUGAAGAAUCCAUAAGGAUGACGAAAGGCAUCACCAUGGCAACAGCCAAAGCCGUGGCAGCUGGGAACUCAUGUAGACAGGAGGACGUGAUUGCUACUGCCAACCUGAGCCGGAAGGCCGUGUCAGAUAUGUUGACGGCUUGCAAGCAAGCAUCCUUCCACCCCGAUGUCAGUGACGAGGUGAGAACCAGAGCCUUGCGUUUCGGGACAGAGUGCACCCUCGGCUACUUGGACCUCCUGGAGCACGUCUUGGUGAUUCUUCAGAAACCAACCCCAGAACUCAAGCAGCAGCUGGCCGCUUUCUCCAAGCGAGUCGCCGGCGCUGUGACAGAGCUCAUCCAGGCGGCGGAAGCCAUGAAAGGAACAGAGUGGGUGGAUCCAGAAGACCCAACUGUCGUUGCAGAAACAGAGUUACUGGGGGCUGCAGCAUCCAUCGAAGCUGCUGCUAAGAAGUUAGAGCAACUGAAGCCAAGAGCAAAACCAAAACAAGCGGAUGAGACCCUGGACUUUGAGGAACAGAUCUUGGAAGCUGCUAAAUCCAUUGCUGCUGCCACAAGCGCCCUGGUCAAAUCGGCCUCAGCAGCCCAGAGGGAGCUGGUGGCCCAAGGAAAGGUGGGCUCCAUCCCUGCCAAUGCUGCAGACGACGGACAGUGGUCACAGGGGCUGAUUUCUGCUGCCCGGAUGGUGGCGGCUGCGACCAGCAGUCUCUGUGAGGCGGCCAAUGCCUCCGUUCAGGGACACGCCAGCGAGGAGAAGCUCAUCUCAUCUGCCAAGCAGGUCGCCGCUUCCACGGCUCAGCUGCUGGUGGCCUGCAAGGUGAAGGCCGACCAGGAUUCAGAGGCCAUGAGGCGGCUACAGGUAAUGGUCACUGAUGCUGGUGGGAAAAUACUCCUGUUGGAGCGGGCGGCAGGAAAUGCUGUGAAAAGAGCCUCAGACAAUCUUGUCCGUGCAGCCCAGAAGGCAGCAUUUGGCAAAGCUGAUGACGACGAUGUUGUAGUGAAAACCAAGUUUGUGGGGGGCAUUGCUCAGAUCAUCGCCGCCCAGGAAGAAAUGCUAAAGAAAGAGCGAGAACUGGAAGAAGCAAGGAAAAAACUGGCCCAAAUCCGCCAGCAGCAGUAUAAGUUUUUACCCACCGAGCUGAGGGAAGAUGAGGGCUAAAGGUGCGAGCCCAGAUGGCGAGCCCCAGGGGAUGGCCCUGGCUGAACUGGACAGACAGUGUUCCUGAGAGGCUGGGCACUUAGCUGGAAACCGCCCACCUCCCCCCCGGGUGAGCCUGGAGCCCUGCGUGCUUGUUCUCACAUCUCUGUCCCAUCGGCACUGGCUGCAUGAUCGUGAUGUCACACGGUACAAUGUCCUACCCACAACUCCUCUGCCGCCUCCCCUCAUGCCUCACCGUGUCUCAGGAGAGAGGGGUGCACGUUUCAUGGACUGUUACCAACAAAGAAAAGUCAGUAUUAUGUUGUUCUCAGACACUUUGGCUUUUGUUGGUCCUUCUCUUAGGCCUGCUCCUGGACCUCUUUAUGAUAUUGUAAUAGGGAAAAAAAUCAUUGACGUCAUAGAAUAUUCUUCUUCCUCUCAGGAGAAGACGGAAGCUGGAGUUGGACAUGGUUCAUAAAAGCCAGAAACACAAACUCGUGUGGACUCCGGGAGGGUGACUCAGGUCCUCCUUCCAUGUCUUGAGCACUGGCUCACCCAGGGGGUGAAAAAUUCCCGCCCCUGUUUGCACGCUUUCUUGUCUCCGUGUGUAAGCUCCUUGUACAACCCAGACCCAUCUUGUAUUUUGUGGCCCAGAAAACUGAACAAUGAUUUUUUUCCUCCAUAGUCCAAAGGGCAGAGUUGCGGAAGGCCGUCAGGGCUUGGUGAGCAGGGGCUGUAAUAAAAUCUGUGGGCUCCUUA